AUGGAUCCUCCCAGGAAGAAGACCAGAACUGCUGCCGGUUCUGCACCUGCUAGCUCUGCACCUGCUAGCUCUGCACCUGCCAGCUCUGCACCUGGACCUUCCUCUGCAGCUGGCCCUUCCACUGCCCCUGCACCUGCAUCUACUUUUUCCUCUGCCACCAGUCUGCCCACCAUUGCCGAUCUAGUUGCUAAUGCACUUGUUAAUCAAGCUGUUAAUGCACCUCCACCUCCACCUGCCCCCACAGCUGCCCCAGUCAAUGCACCUGCGAGUGCACCAGCCAAUGUCCCUGCCCCUGCCACGCAGCGUCAAUUGACGGACACAGACCGCAGGCACAGAAUCGACGCUCUGCGGGCAAGAAUUAGUCCCCACCUUACCGACCGUUCCUUGUUGGAAACGUAUCUCGAGGUGGCAGAUUGGGAUGGGGAAGACGCCUUUGCCUUGUGGAAUGCCGACAGGGAAAACAUCCUUCGUGGCACUGCCGCGAAUCAAGAUAGCACAACGUUGAGCGCCAUGAAUGAAAGUACGAUCGCCGCCAGUUUCAAUGCCAUCCCGGAGCAUGAGAGACGGGAUGCCGCCCUAGCAUUCCGAUUGCAUUUCCAAUCUAUAUUCGCGGGGGAGAACUUGAGUCGUACAGAAGCAAUACUCUAUCUCCAUUUCCACAGGUGGGAUCUGGGCGACGCGCACGACAACUUAUCAAACUUGGAGGGGAUCCGGCACAGGAUUGGGGAUUAUGACCGGAUGCGAACGCCUCUCCCAGAGGAGGUCGACAUUAGCGACCUCGUUACCACGGCACAACAAGAUGAACGGCUCGCCGAGUUCAUAAGUAUCACCGGACGGCCCGAUUGGUGGUCCCAUCGCGUGGUAUUACAGGGUUUCGCUUGGGACUUGAUUGCGGCUAUCUCGUACUGGUUCUUGGAGGGAGUACCUCCUUAUCAACCGGAAAACAAAGAGAAACGGAAAUCCACCAAAAAGGACCCUGACGGGAAGAAAUAUGAGUUCGGUCUCCGGGUGGGCAUCAAUGAGAGGUCAUUAGACUGGCCAACGGCAGAGCAAUGCGAAGCACAAAGAACGGCAUUCAUGGACGAUGGUUGGGAGGCGGAACCAGACCGAUACUCCAAGCCGGACACUUCGGGGGAUGCUUCAGAGUCAGAUGGGGACGAUUCCGAUGAGAGCUCGUCAGAUGAUGACAAUACCAACAAGGGCAAGAAAGGCAAAUUGAGCGCAAAGGCCAAGGGCAAGCAGAGGGCAGUUUCGGAGUCAGACGAGGACGGUUCCAACAAGGGCAAGAAAGGCAAAUUGAGCACAAAGGCCAAGGGCAAACAGAGGGCGGUUUCGGAGUCAGAUGAGGACGAUUCCAACAAGGGAAAGAAAGGCAAAAAGAGCUUUGUGCCUAAAGGUGAAGGCUUUCUCCUCGCCGUUAAGGGUGACCCUCUGGAACCAGCAUACACGGGCUGUCCAGAUCCGUCCAAAUUCCUUAUCGAGACCAUCUCCAGAGGAAAGUAUGCUUUUAACCGCUUCAGACAGGAUGGAAGGUUCAUAUGGCCGCGCCUUAAUCAGAAUACCCAGCGAAGGACAGCGAGAGCUUCGACGGGUCGAGUAGAGUUCGAUUGGAACGACCCGUCCCACAUUCAAUUGCUGAAUAAUUGGCGUCGACAAGCACUUCUUCGAACAGGCCCAAGCAUGAGACAUGAUGCCCCUCAACCAUGGUCGAGGGAAGAGGACCAGUUCUUGAUCGACUUGACCCAGGAGCUCCAUGACGAAAUGAGUCAAGAUCCGGACUGGACCGCCGGCAGCAAAUUCAGAGUCACUACCGCGAAGAAGGCGGAGUGGAAAAGGAGGUUCAAUAAGCGGUUCACCGGCACAACUCCACCAGGCGCAGACGAACCACGCACUGACCGGACAGAAGGCGCCAUUAUGCAGCGCAGAGGUCGCAUCAGGGAGCUCAUCGAACGGUAUGGUGUCAAGAAAGACGAAGGCUACUGGGCAAAACUAGAGAUGAGCAAGAAGCGCAAGUGUUCAGAGGGCGAGGACGGGAAUGGGGGUGAGGGGGCAGGCACCGAACAGACUACUCUACCCGUAGAUGACCAAAAUGCUGGUGGCGAGGAAGAGCCCAUGGAUAUCGACGAAAACACUCAACCAGCGCAGACAUCGCAACCUCCUCGAUAUCGGGCAAACCCCAUCUUUCCCCGAGCGCAGAAUACUCAGCCUCAACAAGCGCAGACAUCCCAACCUUCUCAAUACCGGGCAAACCCCAUAUUUCCCCGAGCGCAAGGAAUUCCUCUGCAAGCACAGCCAGCUCAACUUCCACAAGCACAGGCAACUCAACCUCAGCAAGCGCAGGUCACUCAGACCGCACCACAAGAAGAUGAACAAGCCGAUGCAGGGGAGGCCGCCCCGAAGGAUACUGACUCAGAUGAUGACCUCCCUUUGGUUUUCGUACGAGCUCGUGAUCGGGGGAGGAGACCGAACUGA